AUGAACCGCAAGACGCUCGCUACACUCGACACAGGCGUCGUGUUUGAUACGGCUCCACUACUACGCAGUUACUCCUACGUUCGAAUGCAGCCGUCUGCCUCGUAUACAAUCGGUAGUGUAGCGUCGGCAGUAUUUGCUGCCGGUGAAAGCAAAAGCUAA